CAGACGCAUUUCUCUCCAGAGCACCCUCCCCUCCUGCACCACCUCCCUCUUUCACUCCCUCCAUCUCUCUCCUCUGCACCCUUGCCUGUACGGACACAGUAUUGUCAACAAAGCUGGAGAACAAGGAACGAGGGGGAAUCAGGGGUAUAGAGGUAUACACGGGACGCCCCAGCAUCAUCUCGCAUUGAUACUCAUUGAGGACGAGUUGUAGGAUCGAAAGGACGGUGCGCGGAGCCCAAAGUGACAGUAAACAGUGCCGAGCACGCACACGGCAGGACUGCUGCUUUGCUCUUCAUGGUGGUUGGGACACUUGUAGUAUGUAUGAGAAGUUAACCAUGCUCAACCUGCAGAGUGGCUCUAACUGGAGCGGGCCUAACAACUGGUACCAUGACCCCACUGGUGUACAGACUCAACACAGCACAGUGUCCGAGGGAUGCCUGCUGGACACAGAGGGUGGCAUGGGAGGUGAGGCAGUAGGAGGAGGAGGAGGCCCAGGCCGAGGGGGAGGUGUCCCCGUUGAGAGAGAUGAAGGCGAGGAGUCUCAGUUGAGGCUGCAGCUCAAGAGGAAGCUGCAGAGGAACCGAACCAGCUUCACGCAGGAGCAGAUCGAGGCGCUGGAGAAAGAGUUUGAAAGGACACAUUACCCAGAUGUCUUUGCAAGAGAGAGACUGGCCAAUAAGAUUGAUCUCCCCGAGGCCAGGAUACAGGUGUGGUUCUCCAACCGGAGAGCCAAGUGGAGGCGGGAGGAGAAACUGCGCAACCAAAGGAGGUCAGGAGGUGUUACUUCCUGUUCUCAGAGCCAAGCACCCCUGACCACUUCCUUCAACACAUCUGUCUAUCAUCAGCAACACGGCAGCAGUUCAGGGUCCAUGUUGAGUCAGGCUGAGUCGUCGCUGCCCAGCUACAGCUCGCUGUCAGUCUUCUCAUCUGGAGUCCAGUCCAUCCCUCCGCAGUCGGCCUCCUCUUACUCCUGCAUGUUGCCGCCAUCUCCAUCUGCCCCGCGCAGCUUUGACUCAUCAGCAUACGCCUCCCCUCACCUGCAGACUCCACCCUCAGCCAACUCCAACACUGGCCUCAUAUCACCUGGCGUCUCGGUGCCGGUCCAGGUUCCAGGAACUGAGCAGCAGGGCAUGAGCCAGAACCUGGGCCAGUACUGGGCCAGAUUACAGUGAACAACCACCAGCUUAAUAGAAGAAGAACAUAAAAAAAGAAGUGUGAAGAAAACAAUAACACAGGACCGAGCUUUGUGGAUCCAAAAUAAGCUCAAAUGUUCACACAUUUAUCCAAGAGCAGCUUUGGUUCUACUUGACAGUACGCUACUGGGAUUGGCUUAGUAUUUGCUUAGCCUGCAGAAUAGCAGUAGACAUAGUUAAGGGUUAGGUUGAAAUGGUGCGGACUACUUUACUGAAGGAUGCAGCGCUACUCAGUAAAUGCCAGCAGAUGUCUGCAGUGUAUUGUGAAGUGGAACCACAGUUCGUCGUUACAAAGGCAGCAAAAAAGCUGUGCACCAUAUUCCACUUACUUGUGGACUCAAAACUGCUAAUCCAUUCAUCCAAAAUGAACCAUAUGGCUAAACAUGUCAAUAUAAACUCCUACAGGGUUUUGUAUAUCAAAACAAAUCAGGUAGAUCAACAUAUUAAGAGGAAGAAAAGACAUUUUUUUAUAUGACUUGUGUGAGCUGCUGACAAUCAAUCCUGCCUGCAUGCACUACAGCCUGACAAUCAAAGCAGGACAGAGAGGAAAUACUGUGAAAUUUUACUGCAACACUGCCAUGGCAACAUCACAAAACCGUGCAUGUGCAAACUAAACCACAAGACAAUCAAAUACUUUGUUGUACAAAGAAAUAGCUGCUCACGCUCCUCUGUCAAUGCAACUCAGUUCGAGGUAUUACCAGUUGUCUUUUCAAUGCUAUUUAUUUGUCUUUACACUUCACAGGCCCUCAAUGUAUUGUUUCUUUUGCUGUGUGUGUGUGCGUGUGUGUGUGUGUGUGUUGUGUUAGUAUACUGUUUAGCUGCCAAGAGUCAACCCUUUUGUGAAGGCCUUGGAACCCUUUAAUGAAAAUAAAACUGUACGUCAUC